AUGACCAAGACCCAUAAUGAUCUUGAUGCUAUUCUACAACUCUUGCAAGAGGUGAGUUAAAUUCUCUCUAAUUAAUGCAACUUGGUUCUAUAAUUGGUUAUACCCCAAUGGCAUCCAUGGUGAAAAAGACGGCCUGAGUUGGCUCAUUGAGUGAUCUAAAUCUUGUGUGAGGGUGGAUUCUCAAUGCUCAGCAUUAUAUUAUAUAAACUACCGUAAACUUCCCAACGUAACUGCAGCCCCCUUAAAGUAGCAACCUUUCAAAAGGAGCAAUAAAAUUUCACAGGUGUUAGCAAAUGCCAAAAGUAGCAACCCUCCGAAAAUGACAACCCUCCGAAAGUAGCGACUUCAAAAGUUAUUUUUCUUCUUGCUAGAAACAAUGGAAAUUGUAGUUAUGACAAGCUUUCCCAAACUGAUCCGAGAUUUAUUUUUUAACAACUGUAAUGAUCUUUGACAUUCCUUUAUGUAACUCAAAAGGUUCAUUACAUGUACAUUUUUUUUUUUCAAAAAGUCUUCCUUUCGUCUGUGAAUACCCACACAGUAAUCAAACAAUUUUUUUGAAUAUUUAUUUAAAAAGCUAUGACAUGAAAUAGGUUCUCCAAAUAAAAAGUGUUGCUGUUUUCACAAUUGUCGUGAUAUUAUUAUCAUAACUUCGCACAGCCCAUGUACGACACACGGUUUAGCUACCCGAAAGUAGCUACAAUGUAUAGGAAAAGGCUGCUAAAUUCAAAAGUAAUGAGGGUUGUUACUUCAGAAACUUUACAGUAUGAUUUAAGUAUAAUUUGUAUCAUGACACCAAUACAGUGUUGCCUGUUGCUUUACAGUGAAGCCAGGCCAAGCUAAGCUUACCCCCACAGAAUCCAUUAAUGAACUGACCAUUUUAAAAACUGAAUUAGUUUUUGGUGCUAAUGUUAUCUAAUUCAAAUCUGAAUUCCUGCAUGCAUAAAGAGCUAAGAAAUUUUUUACGAUCAGUUCUCUGUAUAUAUUUGGUGAGGUUGAAAAACCUUUCAUUUUUAAAUAGAUCAUACCAGUAUAUUGACUUCUAUAAGAAGGCUGGGGAGCUUUUUAUCCAUUGGAUAGCGUUUUUAAAUUUUAAACACCCAUGCCAGACUGAUCACUGUUAUUCAUAUUUUAGUGUUUUUUUCUAGUAAAUGAUUAAUUUUUUAAUGAUUAAUUUUUUCCCUCCAAAUUUUUGUUUAACAGAAAGAGAAAGACCUAGAGCUUGCUGCCAGGAUUGGACAGGUGAGAACAUUGUCAAAUACUGCAGCUACAUGUAAAAUUGAUAAUGCACAGCUUGCAUGCAUUUUUCCUUGAUAUUCAAGUUUUUGUUGAUGACUGUUGUCUCUGAUCUGCAGUCCAUGUUUGUUUUAAUGCAAGGAUCAGCCUGCUGACUUGCUCCAAUCUCUACCACCGAGCAAGGACUAAUAUUAUUUUGACCUGUCUGAGCCAUAAUUAAUAAAAAAUAUUAUUUAUAAUAAUUUAUAAAUAAUGAAUAAAAUUUAAUUUCUCAUGAGGUACACAGGUGCCAACUUUUCAUUUUGUUAUUCUUCUAGUCCUUAUUGGAAAGAAACAAGCAGCUGUUGGCUAAAACGCAAGCUUUUGAAAGUUUUGUUGCUGAAUGUGAUGAAAAGGUCAGUACAACAAUGUUUAAGGGGAGCUGUCAUUAAAGUUUUAAGUGGCUUCAUGGUCUCUCACGGAAAGUAGUUAUUUAUCGGACAAGUCAUCCUUUGUUUGAUAUUUUUUAACUCAUUUUCAAACUUAGGGAAGCAGGCUAAAUUUGCUGCAGUAGCUGGCUAACAAAGCUGGCUGGUAAUGACUUCAAUAAUCAACUUGUUUUAUAAACUAAAAGAAAAAUUUUGUUUCACCAGGAAACCCAGCUUCAGCAUGAGGUGUCUAUGAAGAAUGAAUUGCUUCAGAAAUUUUUGAGGGAUCAAGAAUUAGAAGAGUACUAUCAGCUGUCUCAUCGCUCAGAUGAAGACAGUCGAAGGUGAGCUGAAUUAUGCCAUUUUAAAAUGUCAAUCAAUCAAUCAGUCUUUACUCAUGGUGUCACUUCAUUAAAAAUGCACUAAUGUAAAUUUGCCCAGGCUAAUAUCUGAUUUAAUUACUCUCCACAAGGGGUAGGCUCAUCAGAGCAUAUAGCAUAGACCAGUAAUGCAAUAAAAAAAUAUCCUCUAAAAAAUAUUCAACUUAACCCAUUCGCUCCUGGAGAUUUUGCCGAAAAACGCGUUUUGAAGCUAGUCGAGUGGUUUUCUGGUCACUGUCGUGCUUUUAAGAGCUAAAACUUACCACAAACCGGUUUACAGGUCGUACACUUCACGAAGUUGUCCUUGACCAUUAAAACUGAUGACGUCACAAAGGGUAGAAAGGACAUGGAUCCGCACGGGCGGUUACGGGCAGUUCAGGGGCGAAUGGGUUAAUAUGACAGAUCUAGAGAUCCAAUGUGAUCCAAUGAGAUGGCCUAAAUUAGACUUUGUACAGAUAGCCAAGUAGUUUGUAAAAAAAUCUGUUUGGUUAAUAACUGCAUCCCUAAAUAAGUAACAGCUCAUUUACCCUGCGAGCAGUGGUUUCUCCAAGCUGGACGCUACGCUACGAAGGGAUAGAACUCUUCCUUCAAAGCGUAGCGUCCUGCCUGGAGAAACCACUGCUCGCAGGGUACAAGUCAUUAAGCUAUGCCCUAAAAUGUGCACAUUUCUCUUCUUUUUGCAGUAGCGACAGUUUUUGCAGAGAUGAAUCAAUCAACUCAUUACAGCAGAAAUGUCAAGCCUUGGAGCAACAGAACACACAUCUCAUCUUAGAGGUAUGGCAAUAAAUGACCAACAGUAUACUAAAGGUGUUUCUUACAAUAUGCAAAAGUAUUGGUUAAACCACUGUGAUGUCUCAUAUUUAGGUUUCUAUAAUGUGAUUCUGUAGCUCUGGAAAUUACAAAGAUUUACCGUAGACUUGCUUGGAUGAAUUUUGUAGGCUUUGCAGAUAAAGGAGGAGACAGCCUCAGUUGAAAUGAAGGAGCAGCAACUGGUCUUAGAUUGUGUCAAGCAACUAGGUAAGUGAAUCAGGCCCUCCUAGGAAAUCUAAAGUAAAAGGAGAAAUAAUUUAAGUAGGUGGAAAUAAAUUACCUCGAAAUCACAGAGGGUAGGUAUGGGAGGGAGCUGGCCCCCAUCUUUUGGUGAACUUGAGGGCUUUUCCCAGGAAAAGCAGCUACAAAACAAAUACUUUGCACUUUGAAUUUAGGCUUCGCAAAAUGAUUUCAUUUGAUGAUAAUAUUAUUUGUGUCUUUGAUAGUUGAAGCAAAAGAUCAGAUAACUUCCCUGACUGAUGAGAUUUCUCAGAAAGCAGACGACAAUAUCAGGCAACAGGUAUAUAUAUCAUUUUCUUGAACAGAAUGCAAAAUAAGGGUCUUAUUUUUGGUUGUGUGUGCAGCCUUUCACUUGAAAACAUACCUAAAAUAAAUCCAUUUUUUUUAUUUUCGUUACUUAAUUUCAGCUCAUUACUUUUUCCUUUUUUUGAUCGUGCAAAGUGUGUAGUAAAAAUCUUAUUUUCUUCCAAUUAGAGCUAUAAACAUUGAAUUCUCUUUUGGUAUCAUUAAUAACCUAGUUACUACCACAAGUUUUUCUGAAAAACACUGUUUGAAGCGUGACAGACUAGCCGUUUCCUGGUCAGCAUCUGGCCAAACAAAACAGGAAAAGACUUCCCAAAAGGUUGUUUACAAGUCAAGCACUAUGUUGGCUUUUGUCCUUGAUGCUAAUUAUAGGUUCCAAUAUUCCAGGCUUGUGCAGAAGGGAAAGUUUUUUCUCUUGGCUUUUACCUUUUUCUCUCUCUACGUCCCACUUCUUUUUCUUUUCUUCUCCCUUUUCCUCUCACUGAACAUUUACUAGGCUUCAUUUUGGUUUCCAUAAAACUGAGUUAACUGAGUUAUCAUUGAGUUAAUUCAGAGGUACGGCGUAAAUUGUUUAAGAAAUUUGAAGCAAAGAUUUUUUUUGUAUUUCAGGAAGAAAUCACCCAUCUAAUAACAACUGUUGUGGAUCUUCAGAAAAGGCACAAGGAAGUAAGAUUAUCCCUUUCAAGCCUCAAUAUCCGCAUACAAAUUCUCUUGACCGAUCUACAUACAUUUCCUUAAGAAUGAGUAGUGAGAACGUGAUUAAAGAUCAAAACAUUUUCACUGUGAUGAUCAUUUUAUUAAUUCUCCUAACCUUUGCUCUUGAUGUUGUACUGAUAUUGUGAGGAGAAGUUUGCUGUUGGUCAAUCUUGGGACUUAAAGCAGAGUUUGUACAGAGUCUUGAAUUCGUGAAAAAGUCUUGAAAUUUGCCCAGCAAUUUUCCAGACCUGAAAAAAGUCUAGAAAAUAGAGAUAAAGUCUGGAAAAAAAUGGUAAAAGGUCUUGAGGUUUUUUGAAGGCUACAACAAGUGCUUUACAAGUGAAAUUUUUUUCCUGUUGGUCAAAUCAUAUUCAAUCUCUCUGCUCUAUUGUAAUGCAUGGCUAUUAUAUUAACUGUUCUGCAAUUUUAUGUGCAACAAGAAGUGAGAUGUUAUUCUGUCUUGUAAGUACUCAUGUUAUUUUUCUGUUUUUAGUUGUCAUCAAACAAUGAAGAUUUACAGAGUUUGUUAAACUCAUCCCAGGCCAAUCAAGAACAGCUGAAGACUCAGGUGAUUGUCCUUAACUUAAGAGGAAAUUAAUUUUGUUUAGCUUCGCCAAUGCUGGCAUACUCACCAAUUACUGCGGGCCCAUAACAGUCCCUCCCCCCAUUAGAGAUACACCACCACACCCGGGUUUACUUUUGCUAGUCUUUAUGAACAGUGUGUGGGUUUCUUCAACAUCUCAUGGAAUUGGUAUGUGCAAGGGUUGUGAGACAGGGCCUAUGGUUCAUCAUCCUUCUCCAAUUAAGACUAGAAAGUUUAACCAUUAUUUUGUAAGUUUCACUUGCAUGCACAACUUUGGUGAACAAACCAGACAAGUAUGGUGAGACAAAUCCCGUCAUGUACCAGGGCUGUCAUUAAGAGCUGGGGGCUGGGGAUUUCUGCCAGCUACAGUGAACGUGGCCCGUGGCUACUUUCAUAGGAAAAUAGAAGAAAAAUAAAACCAAAAGAAACCCUUAGCUCUUUGAUUCCCUGGCUACUUCUUGUAUUUACCCAGCAACUUGAAAUCUUAGUGACAUCCCUUAUGUACGAACACACAAAAAGAACUCAAAAGAUGCUGUUUGCUGAUUGGUCAAAAUAAUACAAAGCAUAUUUUGUGACCAAUCAGGGGCCACCAUUUGCUUGAACCUUUGGAAAUGGUCUGGUGAAGGUCAGUAACCAGGGGCUUUUCUGCCCCUGGGUCACCAAUGAUAGACAUUAGCAAGAGCUAAAUAAAAACUGUUUUGUUUCAGGUUAGUGAUUUGCAAGAAAAAUACCAUGAAUGUCUGGAGAUGCUGAUGGAAAACCAGGUGAUUUAAAUUGAGUUUGUUGCUGUUUUUCUUAAUGGUAAUAAUAAUAUGCUUAAAUCUGCAAUAGCAUAUUGAUAUAUUUGUCUAAAAUGUUUUUUAUUUUAUUUUAUAGAGAGAAGUAAAAAAGUUGAACACAAAGAUAGAGUAAGUUAACCAUUAGGCCUUGGUUGUUCAAAGGCUGGAUAGCGCUAUCCAACGGAUAAAUCACUAUCCAGUGGUAGUGCAAUUAGUUUUCCUAAUACUUUUCCACUGGAUAGAGAUUUAUGGGGUGGAUAGCUCUAUCCAAUGUUUGAAAAACUGGGGCCUGGUACAAUUUAUGCUUAGAAUUAAAUUUAUUUUUUGCACAAGUUAGAUUCUAAAACUUUUCCCUGGUUGUGUUUUAGGUCUGACAUGGUACCCAGAAAAAGGUCACAGUUACCAUAUCAUGUAAGUACAAAGUGACCCUGGGUGCCUCAAAAUUACUGUCUGCUAGCCUGGGAAAAGUCAAGCGACCAGUUGGGCUAGCAUGCUUUAAUUCUGAGUUGUCUGAUGGGCAUGCAACAUUUGACAAGAUAAAGUAAAUGUUUGCUCCGGGCUAGUAAACUUCAGCAACAGCUUGCAUAAAGAGCAAGUGUUUUUUUAAAAUUGGAAAGAUUAAAUGGAUUGAAUCAGGAUCGAAUUAGGAUAUACUCACUAAUAUUGCCUCAAAAUUUAUGUAUGAAGUGUUGUUUAAAAUGCUCAGGAACCAACUUUGGUCCCGGGGUCCUCCUCCUACUUGUCCCUGUGGGGGGAUAGGUAGGACGAGGUUACUUUAGCUGAUAAGCUGCAGUGGCGGAUCGAGACCUUCAGAUAAGGGGGGGUCCAGUCAUCCAGACCCUGAGAUAAGGAGGGGAGGGGGUGAUCUCAAAAAAAAUUUCUUUGGCGCUUUGGGCCUAAGUUUGGUUGAAAAAUAAGGGAAGGGGGCCUCCCCUGUAUCCGCCACUGGGCUGUGGUGCGUUUUAUCAGUGUUUCGUUUUUGUAGGGGUUCAAAGUUAAAGAUAACAAUUUGUCAUUUUGUGGGUAAUUCCUGUAGGAUUCCCGCGAUUCUAUUGCCCUGGAAAUUGAGGAAAGUGUCAAGAGAGAUCUGACCACUCAGCAGGAGAAGAGGUACAAUUACUCCCAAUAGUAACCAACUUCAAUUUUCUCUUAAUGAUAUCCAUACAUUGUCAAGAGAUUAGGUUAUAAGAAUUAAUAAAAUGAUCACCUAAGAGAAAAAACUUCGAUCUUUUAUCAAAUGCUCUUAACUCAUUCUUUAAAGAAAUAUAUAGGGAUCAGUUUGGAGAAUUUGUAUGUGGAUAUUGGUGCUUAAAGGGUUAAAUAUAACACCCACAUAUUUCUUAUGGCUUUCUUUAUUACUGCCAAUUUUUAAUCGGCCAUUUUGGGACUGAGAUGCUGUGGUGCCGAAUUGUACCAUGAAGCUGUUUUUUCGCUGCUUUUUAUUGGCUGUUACGAGGUCGAGCAGGGACCUGGGUCCAAAUUCGGUCCCCAAAACAUUAUCGACCCAGUCUUGAGAACGACCUCAAUAUGUCCAGUACAGCAGCCUAUAGAAAACUGGCAACUAAAGUAUGUUUUUAAAACAAUCUUUAGCCUUUUCUUUUUAUUAGGGGGAGGGAGAGGAAACAAGCGAAGUUGUAGCUCUGCAAGUUGCGAAAUUUUUCUGACGUUUGUUGGAAUGGUGGGGGCACAAACUUGCCCAACCCCCGCCCCCCCCCCCACCCUCCACCCCUCCGCCCCUCCACUGUACAACACCAUUUUUGUGGAGCCGUAGCUUCGAUCGCCUUAAACCUAUUGCUCUCAAACUUGGAUUCGCUACUGAUCUCAAGGAGCUCUUUCCAUCGCUAUCGAUGGAUGUUUAUGGUCAUCUCGCCGCCAAGAAGUGGACUCGUCGCCAGUCAACUCGCCACCAACAACUCUCAUCGCCACCAACUAAUGUCUCUGCAUUAAUCAACGUGUUUACUCACCUAGGAUUACUUACCUAGAAUUUUUACUUUUUCGCUAAGCUUAUUCGAAUUUGAUUACAGAGUUAUUACUUGGUGGCGUGGUGGUCGGCGGCGAGUCGACUUCUUGGUGGCGAGAUGACCAGUACCUCGAUUGAUUGUCACUAACUGGUUUAUGAAAAAAAUGAAAAAAAGUCAGGCAAGGGUCUAAUGACAACCAUUUCAUUUUCUUUACAGAGAGCACACAGCGCGCGUUAUGGAAACUGUCCGUGUGAUUAAUAGUGGUAGUUCUGGACGAAGAACCAGGAAAACCGGACUCCGUGCAAGUAAGAGCGGUGCCGGAUUUCAGUUUGAUCCUUCAGGUAUCGUGACUGGAUCAGCGGAAAAUGGUGGUGCUGCGGCCAACUCACAGACUGGCAGCCCAGCGGCAGGUACUAACUUAUAUAACUGAUACACUUCUCCCACGCUAGUCUACGAGCAAGUUCCCUGGGGACGAUGGACGAGAGAAGAAUUGCGGUCGUUUUGCCCGACGGCGUUUGCCAGGACAUUAGUCGAUUCGCUCGAUGACAUACAACACUCUACAACAUGGUGAACAUACCUUUCGAGAUGUUAUUUCAGUUACCCUUGGAUUCCAAAUGUGCAGUCACUGUCUUUAAAUGCUUAUUCCUUUUUCUCGGGCUUAAAGAAUGACAAAUACACUUCGGGCGAAUCGACUUAGUCAGGGUGAACUGCUAUCGGGCGAACCGACCUUCGGGCGAAACGACCUGAUACCCGAGAGAAUACGAGAGCUCUCCCCUUUUUCUCUUCCGGUCCCGGAGCCAGUCAGAGAACCUGCUAGCAUGCUUCUCGCGCGCUUCUCGCGGGUUUCUCGCUAUCUUAUCACAAUAGCAAGUGAACAUCGAACUUGAAAACAAUCCAUUGUGCUAUCCAACGUGGGAAGUGAUUUUGAUUUGUUGAUUUCACUGAAAGGAUUGAAACCCGUCAAGGUAAAACUGAUUUGUAUGUUUUUAAUUUUUUUAACAGAAAGAAGGAUAUCUUACUCUGGGAGACGGUCGUUUCGAGCUCCAGAGAAGUUACAGAUCGUCAAACCAAUCAAAGGUGAGACAAGUUCACACUCAUCAUCUUGAUUCACAAUAACCGAGAGGCUUUGGCCAUGUUGAGUUGGCGUGAGAGACUGGGUCGAGGUUGUGUUGAAAUGUUGUGUAGGACGAUGAGCGAAUACUGCCCCAGUUUCUUGCGCAACCUCGUUAUAGCCAGUAGAGAGGACGUAAUGACUCUCCUGUCUAUGAAAAGAGCCAUAGAGUUCCCCAAAACAGCCGUAUUGUUCAGUUCGACAAAACACGAAAAGCAGGAACAGAAAGGUCAAUUAACUUGACAGGUCUCAUAUAUGACCAGCCCGUUUUACAAUACAACUAAAUUAAGUACGAAGAACCAUUUUGUUAGUAGACUCAAGGGGCAAACUCAAUACAGCUCAAUUGUGUUGCGUUUUUACAAAGCUAAGCAGAUUUGAACUCUGUUUUAAACUCCGUGUGUAAACGUUAGUGAACUUUCCAAAGAAACAAGUCAGGAAAGUCGAGGUCCGAAAAAUCGAAGUACGGAUAAUCAAUGUCAGGUUAAUCAAAGCCCGGAUAAUCGAGGUCCGGCUAAUCAAGGCCAUGAAAAUCGAAAUUAAUCGAGGUCCGGAUAAAAGAGGUGUGGACAAUCGAGGUCCGACUGUACGUAUUUUUGGGGUCUUAAUAUUCCAUUCUUCUGACAGGAUCAGUUACUUUGCAUCAGUGGAAGAAACUAGCCAAUCCGACCUUAAAUCUCGCUGAGGAACGUCCUGGGGUGCACGUUAAAGGUCAGGACCGAGAAAUGGGGACCGGAGAGCCAAGGGAGCAGACUGACUUAAGUGAUAUGGACCCUGAUGAUCUUGAGUACGAGGAAGAUGCGUCUGUACACAUGCGCAGUGUUCGGACUUCAGAGUCUGCUUCAGAGGCUACCAGCCAUACGGGGACAAACGAAGGUGAUGACCAUGAUGAUGAUAAUGACGAUGAUGAUGGACCGAUUCAAAUGCGAAUUAGCAGGAAUCAAGAUAAAGGAACUCCAGUUUCAAAGGCUGAGAAAGGAGCUAGCGUGAAAAGACCCUCCUCUUUGACCCCUCCUCAAAACAUGGGCCUGAUGCCACUGGUCAGUGGUCAUGGACUCCAGAGGACCGUCGAUAGCGGGGGCAUCUUAGCGCAUCUUCUAAGCGGUCCCUCGACUUCAUCCCCUACUACGUCAUCUGUGGGGCAGGUACUUGCUGAGGUCUUAAACAAGGCCAGUAAGGAAGCGUCUGAAAAGGAGCCUACACGCGCUGCAUCUCUCCGGAACCUGGCAAAGUACUUCAGUGAUAAAGAGCGUGGUAGUAACCCCACCCCGGUGAAAACUAAAGCCCCAGCCUCUUCUCCCGUGAUACAAAUGCCGAAGACUAGUUCCCCAGCGGGUGGACUACUGAGUAAGGUUCUUGCGUCAAGUUCAUUAUCUGCGAAUUUGACUUUUCCUUCACCGAUUACAACCACUGCCAAAAGCACCGGGUUACCCACAACGACGACUACCAGCACCUCGACUUCUCCAAGUAUUCUUACACGAGGUACUCUAGUUAGGAACUCUAGUGGUAGUAACCUACUGAGUUUGGCUCAGGGGUCCUUGGCGGAUGAUACGUCAGGUAAGCGUCAUAGUCUGGACUCUGCAAAAUUGCUUAAGACCACUUCCGGUGCACUAGACUCACCACCAGACUUUUCUCAGUUGAAUUUUCCAACUCUUCGUCGACGUGCCAGCAGCGGCGAUUUGCAAGAAACAGCGUCAGGUUCCAGCAGUUUAGAUGACUUAAGUGGCAAUGGUUCAGGGAUGAGAUUGUACAGGAGCUCUAGCUUUGGAAACAUCAAGGAUCUUAGCAACGAAAACCUGGCAGGUCCAUCAAGGGACGUUUCAGAGGGUGGCUUUUUCGGUCGUCUGAGGCGCACCCCGAGUAUAGGGAGCCUUACAAAUCUGGUGCAAAGGAGCAAUUUAACCGCUACCUUACCAGGUACACUAGGGCUCCGCUCAACAAGUUUGGAAUCACUUCCAGUUUUUAAACCUGGAGAAUCACCCCCAUCACCUUCAAAGUUUGACCAAGAUGGGACAAGUUUCUUUGGUCGCGGUCUCUCUACCAAUAACGCUCCUUCGGCCAGUGUGGACACCUUAGCUGGGGCCUCUGGUAAGAGUGGCUUCGGAAUAGGGACGCGCUUGAGUGGCUUGGCUGGGCUCCGAGGAUUUUGGAGCCAGGGGGGGAGUAAAAGUCUUGAGAUGCCUUCUCCCCCUAUGGAGUCACUCCCGCUACAACCCAAGAGCGAAGAACGACUGGAGAAAAUCAACAGUGCGUUUGCAUUUGAGGACUUCGGUGGACUUGGUUUAAUGUCUUUCUUUGGACGAAAGUCUCGAGAUAAUAGAUAACUAAUUCAACUUUGGAAGGACGGAAUAACAUUUUGUAUUGUCAUUCUUGUAAAAAAUUAUUGUGAAUGUUUGACAACAGUGGAAUUGCCAUUUGCUGUGCAAGCUAUUUUGUCGGUACCCACUGAAAUACUUGAAGACUCUUGAUCGAAAACGAGAAGGGAACUGGGGCCGGAGUGCGUCCUGCAAGUGUUUCUGGGAUGGUUACUGGAGACGCGCCAAUUGCGCCAAUUUUUGCCUUUCCUUAGUAACAAUCCCAGAAGUCUUUGCAAAAUUUACUCGGCCCAGUUCCCUUAGAAAACAUCAGGAAUGAAAAACGAUCCCUGACCGGAGGUAACCAGGUAGUGAUUUAGGAUCAAUUUAGGUUUCUGGAAACUGCCCACCUGCCCCUCCCCUAAGUCAACAUAUUGCCUUAAAUGAGAAGUACGUGUUGAUGUUGGCUUAAGGGAGGGUUAGGUGGGCAGUUUCCCAGAAACCUAAAUUGAUCCGUGAUUUACAAGCGUGGCCGAGGGGCUGCCUUGAAUCAAAUGCAUACUCACAUCCGUUCACUCGUCCACGCUUCCGCGCCUCAUUACGUGAACGAUAUAGAAUAUUGAACCGUGUUGCCGUCCAGAAUAGCCUGAAUUUCAGCCGCCUCCUCCGCUUGAUAAGUCACUCGUUGAGAGAUGCUCUCUGAAAUUCAAGCGUCGGUCCAAAAUUGUCGUGUAAUAAAAAUUAGACUGGCCUCUCGCCCUUCACGGGGUCUCCUGUCUUUCCUUUCGUUUUGAGCGAGACUGAGAAAGAGACGGGGGAGGGGUUGCAACUAAAUAACAUCCACCUACGGUAGGUCAGACUCCUUAUAACGGGUAUAUGAAGCAUCAUUCUCGUCGUUUCUGAACCUUAAUAACUAAACUUCACUGCAAUCUAAUGCUGCUUUCUGUAGGCGUCGUAGGGUGUCUGUUGCUUUGACUUAAGCCUGAUUUAGUAACAGAAGGGGGACCUCAGUUGACGACGGCGCGCGCAAAUCUUGACCAAUGGCGUCACCGGUAAAGCGGCAAAUUGGGCACUGGAAAUCGAGUUUAGUCCUUUCCGCGCGGUUUCCCGUCGUCAAAUGACGUUCCCGUUUUGUUGCAAAAUCAGGCUUUUAUCAAGAGGGAGACGGGAACGGAAACGGGAGGAAGAGAGACCCUGGAAACGAGGCUGCCCCUGUCCAUGCGGUAGCCUUUCUUCAGUAUUGAGUGACUGCCCAAAUAUGGGCUGCAUAGGAGUUAAGGUCACGCUCAGCUCACCUUUUCUCUGCGUGACUGAAUGAAGCGUUAGGUUAGUUAAAAAUAACAGUUUCUUACUUCGAAGUUGGUAUCUAAUGUUAAAAUCGAAGGAGAUAAAUCUUAAGUAUUUAAAAUUUAGUGGGUAUAUUUUGUUAUAACUAUAUUGAAGAACAUAUAUAUAUCAGUGCGGAUAGCAGAACCAUAUUUUUUAUAGGAUUUAUGUUUUUCAUUGUAGAAGGGGUAUUUCCCUAAAUCCAAUUAAACUGUACAAAUUCUUUGACAGAGAGAAUUCGGUUAUAUUCUGGUUCAACGUUUUCGAUGCACAGCUUCCCGCGACUCGCAACUCGUGCAAUUAUGUAACAUUUUAGUCAGGCCAUGGCUUUGUUAACUGAUGUAACCCGAGGGAAGCCCGAGGGUCUCCUGGUGCCAAGACUCCAGAGGCCAAAACUACCCUGAAGCACUAGGCACGAGAGUUAAGUUUGGUAAAGUAACAAAACAAGUAAUAAAUUGAAUGCUGCUUGUGAGGUUCAUAUUUACUGGUGAAUUUUUUACAGAGAAGCAAAUUUCUGAGGUUGGUUAUUCCGUGUAAUGCGUGAUAUGGGCUUAUUAUUUGAAAUUGCGGCAUGAACUAUAUGUAAAUGAAUGUGUAAUCCGGCUAAUCAUCCAUGCCAGAAUUGAAAUAUGGAACAAAAACUAACUACUAGAAUUUUGUUUUGGAUGGAAUUGUAAAUAGCUAAGUACUGUAUAAAUAAACCA